AUGGAAGAGGAAAUCAUCAAAUCUUUGAAUAAAUUAAGUUAUAAUGAAUUGAGGACGAUUCUAAAAAGCAAAGGUGUUCAAAUGGAAAGGUGUCCUCCAAAGAUUUCAGUUUACACUCAAUUAUUUGAAAUAUUAAAGAAAGAAAAGAUUGAAGCUAGAAAUAUGAAAACCACCACUGCAACAACAAAAUAUUAUGGAUCAAUAACAAAGACAACUACAACACCAAAAUCAAAUACAGGGGACAAAGUAUUGGACGAUUAUUUAGACAAUUAUAACAAUAGUGUUAAUUUAAGUCGCCCAACAAGAAAAUCAAUUCUAAACUCCUCUAAACUAACCGAUAGUUAUAGCAAUAGUAAUAUUAAUACAAGAUAUAGAAGCAGAAACAAUAUUGAUAAUAUAAUAAAUAAUAGUAAUAGUAUUAACAAUAGUAAAAAUACAAUCGAAAUUGAAAAAAACAUUGAUGACUAUAAAAAUUAUUUAAAAUUCAACCCCGAACAAUUAAAUAAUCAAGAUAGUAGAACAACAGGUUUCGACAAUUUAAAUGCACACAAAUAUUAUAAACUGAUUACUGAAAAAAUAAAUUUUUGUGACAUAGCCCAGAGAACAGGUUUUGAUGACUCUUUAUCAUUUCAAUUAGUUUCCGAAUAUGCUAAAUUUAUGUCACUAAGAAUUAUAUCCAAUGAUUUAGAUUCAACUAUUUUACAACCACCACCAAUGAUUCAAAUAUUUUAUAAAUAUCAUAUAUUAGAUACCAAAAGUUAUUUUGAAUUUAUAAAAUUAAUUAAUGUAGAAUUAAACUCAGACCCAGAUAGAUUGGAUAUAAUAAUCGAUGAUGAAGAAGAAAACAAAUUAUUAUCAAAAAGAUAUGAACACACUUUAAACAUUUAUAAAAAGAAUUUUGCAAAUAUUAAUAAUAAAAUUUGGCCAAAUAAUUGGGAUCAAUGUUUAGCAUUAACACACGAAAAAACAAAUAAAUUUAGUAAUAGACAUGCACAGUUUGAAGAAAAUAAUGCAGGAAAAAAUGAUUCUAAAGUAAGAAAUUUGCAAAAGAAGGAGUUAGAAUUAAAUGAAUUAGAAAAACAAAAAAAAUUAUUAGAUGAGGAAUCUGCAUUAUUAAAUCAAAAAGAAAAAGUUUUUCAAAAUAGAGAAAAAGAUUUACAAAAUAGAGAGAAAGAUUUACAAAAUAGAGAAAAAGAUUUUCAAAAUAGAGAAAAAGAUUUACAAAAUAGAGAAAAAGAUGAUAACGAUAGAAAUAAAAAGCAUCAUAGAGCAAAGAAUUUAAUAUAUAGAGAAAUGGAAAGAGAAAAAGAAAGAGAAAAAAAUAUAAACAAAUCAUAUUUUAUGGAUAGUAGUAAUGAUAAUGGUAAUAGUACUAGUACUAGUACUAAUAAUAUACAUUCAAGUAAUGAUGGCAUCAUACAUAAUAAUAAUAAUAAUAAUAGUGAUGAUAAUAAUAAUAAUAUUGAUAAUAUGAUUAGUAAUAACAUAAUAGAUAAUAAGAAUACACCUUUAAAUUUAAAUAAUAAUAAUGUAGGAGAUCCUAAUGAACAAGCAUCGCCAUCUCAAAUUUUAAUAAAGUGUCAAAUAGAAAGAAAUGGAAAACCUCCACAAACUGUUCAUUUUAAAAUUGGUUUGGAUUCACAAUUAUAUAAAUUGAUAAACUUUGUUUUUCAGAAUUAUGGAAUAGAUUAUAAUUUUUUUAUUCUUCAAACAAAUACAUUAAUAAUACCAAGUUUAACACCUUCAUAUUAUAAUAUGGUAAAUGGCACAGUUAUUCAAUGUAGAUUGGGACAUCACCAAAACAUCCCUCGAUUGCCAUAA